AUGGGAAUUGGCAAGGGAAAUGUACAACCAGCGGAUGUUGCUAAGAAGUGGUGGCUGCAUUGCCGAAAUGAUGGUGCAGGAGGAGGUGAUGGAGGUGUAGAGGCUGGAGCCUUUGGUUUUUUAGGAGGUGGUUCCGAAAAUGGGGUGGGUGGUGGUGGUGUCGUUUGUGGUGGAGGAUUGGAAGGGGGAUGUAUCGAAGACAAUGGAGAGACUUCAAGAGGAGAGGCGGGGCGGGAAUGUGGAGGGGAAUCCAUGGUCGAUUGGAGAAGAGAUGGAAAUGUAGGGGGAUUUAGGGUUUUCGUGAUGAGAGCGUUGGUGGAGAAGAUGGGAGAGAGACGGCGAGAAUGCCGGAAGAAAUGGAGGAUGAAGGGCGGUCGUGGGGUUCAAGAGUCGGGAAGUGGAGGUGGUGGGAAUGGUCUUUGCUGA